UUUGUCCGCGUCGGUUUCUCGGUCGCAUGCGUGUACAUUCAAGGCUUCCAUCCGUUCAAGACGCGAACUCGUCAACACCAUGCCAGUGAGUCCUUGGAUCCUCUGGAGCGCGCUCUCCCAUGCUGCUAGGCUCUCCACCGUCCUUCAGAUUCUCAUCUUCCUUCCGCUCACAUUGGCGACACUGUCGAAGCCAGCAUUUCUACUGCUUUCUCUUCUUCUCACCGUACACGCCGCCGUACAUGGUACCAUGAUUCUAUGCUGGGGUUCUCCCGCACUCUCUCUCUUGCAGGUCCCCAUGCACCCGUUCCUGCUCCUGGUGUGCUUCAAUGCGUUCUCGACGUCCGUUCCUCUGUGGCUUGGCACCGCUACGUCUGUAUGGGGCACAAUACUAACGUACAUGGGCCCGCUUUUCAUCGCAUUAGAGGGGCUAUCGAGUUUGGUUGUGGUUCAGAAACUCGGGCAGCAGGGCAAGAGGUUGGUAGAAGAGGGGGAGAUCUAUCAGUUUGGACUGUUGAUUGCUUCAGCUGGCACAUAUGUCGCCAGUGCUUGGUGGAUUGUCAGUGCUUAUCCUGCAGCCGCCUCUUCGCCGUUGUCCUCGACUUUUCUUGGAGUUGCUAUCACCGCAUUGCUUUUUCUUACAUUCAUUGGAUUCUUUUUGCGGCGGACGAAUAUCAUCGAAUCCUCAGGCCUUGCUUUGUUCAUGGCGUAUAAUGUCUGGCUUUGUGGAUUUAACCAAGAGUCCUUUUCAGACCCAUCUUAUUCCUAGUGUGUACCAUUCUACCCUUCGAAGAGCCAACACUAACUGUCG